CCGGCGGCUCCAUCCCGGGCACCCCAGGGCCGUGGCUGCCGCCGCCGCGCUCCAGGAUCGCAGGGAGCGGCUGCUGCUGGAGGCGCGGGCGAGGGAUUGGCUUUACCCGUCUGCGGACUCCCUUCUGCCGUGGGGAGCAUGAUGACGGCCAUCCUGGAGCGUAUCAGCACCUUGUCCGUCAGCGGGCAGCAGCUCCGCCGCCUCCCCAGACUCCUGGAGGAAGGCUUCCCCAAGAUGCCCUGCACUGUCGAAGAAUCCGACGUGCCCCAGCUCUUCCGGGAGCCGUACAUCCAGACGGGGUACCGCCCCAUCGGCCAGGAGUGGCGCUACUACUUCUUCAGCCUGUUCCAGAAGCACAAUGAGGUGGUCAACGUCUGGACUCACCUGCUGGCGGCCUUGGCUGUGUUGCUGAGGUUCAAGGCCUUUGCAGAAGCAGAGGAGCUGUCCUUGGACGUCUCAGCCUUGCCUUUGUUCAUCUUCGUGCUGUCCUCCCUCACCUACCUAACCUGCAGCCUCUUGGCCCACCUACUGCAAUCCAAGUCGGAGCUGUCUCACUACACCUUCUACUUCGUGGACUACGUCGGGGUCAGCGUCUACCAAUACGGCAGUGCCCUGGCCCAUUUCUACUACAGUGCGGACCAAGCCUGGUACGACAAGUUCUGGCUCUUCUUCCUCCCCGCGGCUGCCUUCUGCGGCUGGCUCUCUUGUGCUGGCUGCUGCUACGCCAAGUACCGGUACCGGCGCCCCUAUCCCCUCAUGAGGAAGAUGUGUCAGGUGAUCCCAGCAGGGCUGGCGUUCGUCUUGGACAUCAGCCCAGUUGCACACCGGGUGGUCAUGUGCCACUUGGGGGGCUGCGAGGAGCAGGCUGCCUGGUACCACACCUUCCAGAUACUGUUCUUUCUAAUCAGUGCUUAUUUCUUCUCCUGCCCAGUCCCCGAGAAGUAUUUCCCGGGCUCCUGUGAUAUAAUCGGCCACGCCCAUCAGAUCUUCCACAUGUUCUUGGCCCUUUGCACGCUCUCGCAGCUGGAGGCCAUCUUCCUGGAUUACAAGAUCAGGCAGGAGAUUUUCCUGAGUAGACAUGGACCCCUCUCCAUCUACCUGUCCUGUGCCUCUUUCUUUGGCCUGGUGGCCUGUAGUGCCAUCACGGCUCACUUCCUGCAGUGCAGGAUCAAAGUGGGGCUGGCUAAAAGAGACUCCUGAGAGACCGUUGCGAAGACUAGACAGACACUGACUGGCUGGUACUGAUUCGGUGGAAACCAGCGGAGGAUAAUUUAUAGAGACAUAACAAAUUGGUUUGUUUGCAUAACAGUUUGUCUAAUUUAUAACUGAGAAAUGGGUGGCAGGCUGGAGUCGCUUUAUGAGAGCCCUUCUGUCUAAGGCGUUUUUACUUGAGUGGCUGCCUCUUGCAAUGCAGGGGUGUUUUUUUAAGCCAGAUUGGGGCAUUUAACCAAGGAUGCUUGGAUUAGGCGGAGGUUUCUAGUUUGUUCCACGCUAGUAAAUCUGCAGGGAAUAUUACAUUGAAUAUCAGGAAAAACUAAGGGUCAUUAAACUGUAGAGCAGUCUCCUAGGGGAAGCACAUGGCUAGAGUCAUUUAAGACUUCACAAAGCACAGGAGACUGUGCAGUGUGGAUCAGUCCUGCACUGGCAGGGGGCAUGGACAAGAUGACCUACUAGGUCUUUUCCAUCUCUGCUAUACGUGGGCUUGAUCCUGCUCCCAUUUAAGUCAACAGCAAAAUUUCAGCAGGAGCAGGAUUGGGCCAUAUGAAUCUCAAUUUUCAGGGUGUAGCUGCGGAGGUCUGGGUGGCACAGUGCUAUGUAACGUACAGCUGCACACGCCCUUUAUAUAUCUCCAAGUUAGAUUCUUGUGACUCAUGUUCUCUCAACUCUUCCCUCCUGAAAUAAAUCGUACCAGGGUCUUAGGAUAACUUUGCCAAAUCUUUGUUGUAGAGAUGGGUCUGGACCAAAACUCUAGAUCCAUCUAUCCCGAGACUUUGGGGAUG